GAGAGAGAGAGAGAGAGAGAGAGAGAGAGAGAAAGAGAGAGAGUUGCCUCUGAGAUCUCUUGAGAAUGAAUAAGUUAUUGAAAGGUGAGAGUCUUCUAAGGGUAUUCUGCUUGGUGUUGGCUUCCAUGGCAGCUAUUCUUAUUGGUAUGGAUACACAGACUAAAACAGUCUUCUUCGUGAGGAGAAAGGCAACCGUUAAGGAUCUAGAAGCUCUGUGGAUCUCCACCAUCAUUACUUCUGUAGCAGCUGGUUAUCAUCUUCUUCAGUUCUGCAGGUGCUUGGUCUUUGCUUGGCUCAUGAAGAAUCCAUGUUGGAGCAACAAGUUUAUGGCAUGGGCUAGUUUUUUGUUAGACCAGGGGGUGACGUAUGUGACGUUCGGGGGGAUUCUGGCGGCGCUGCAGGCGUCGACGAUCGCGGUGACGGGGAUACGCGCCCUCCAGUGGGAGAAGCUAUGCAACAUCUACACCCGGUUUUGCGACCAGAUCGGCGCCGGCCUCAUCUGCGGCAUCGCUGCGUCCCUCGCCAUGGCCGUCGUCUCCUCCGUCUCCGCCUACCACCUCUUCCGCCUCUAACCUUCCUCCGCCCCUGGGUCCCUCUAUGGACACGGAGACGUUUGUCCAUUAAUUAUGUGACCCAGAUUCCAUAGACAUAAAGUAGUUGGAAACCAUAAUUUGUUUGGUGCUGUGGGUCUGGAGUAUGGUUGGCUUGGUUGAACGAUAAAUCGUAUUUGGGUUCUUAAAUAAUCUGAGUUGGAAAAUGGAUCGAUUCUAAACAACAAUUGGGCAUCCCUGAUGCAACCAAGUUUACUUGGCUUGGUUGUUAUAAUGAUUAGGUCAAUCUAUAUUUAUAUC